CAAAAAAAGCACGCAUCUCUAGGCACGUGCAUAGUUGACUAACCGGUCAUCAUCAACCCCAGCUCUCUCCUGUCCAGAGGCUAAUUGAUCAAACAUAUAAAGCAGCCAUGAGUUGGGUUGAUUUUGCAGGCAAAAGAACGAAGAGGAACAUGGAGAAGAAAGCAAGGAUUGUUCUGGUUCCCUACCCAGCACAAGGCCAUGUCACCCCCAUGGUCCAGCUUGCCUUGGCCCUUCGCGACCUUGAGUUCGACCCUGUGCUGGUCGUCCCAGACUAUCUGCACCUCAAGAUCAUGCCGCACAUCCAACCCAACUAUGGCGUCUCCUUCAUCUCCAUUCCAGACGGCCUGAGUGAGAACGAACCCAGAGACUUCUUCACCAUUGCGUUUUCCAUGGAGAACAGCAUGCCGGCCCAUCUGGAACGCAUCAUUCGUAGCUUCAGUCAAGAUGGAAGAGUGGCUUGUGUGGUGGUUGAUUUCUUAGCCUCCUGGGCUAUCGAAGUUGCCGGCCGCUGCGGGGUUCCGGUGGCCGGGUUCUGGCCCGCCAUGCUUGCUAUGUAUCGUAUCUGUGUGGCCAUUCCGGACAUGAUCAAGGUUGGGCUCAUCGAUGAAUUCGGAAGUCCCCAACAAAAAUGUGCAGGAUUUGUUCUUCCUGGUCAACCCAUGUUUAGCUUGGAAGAUCUACCGUGGUUAGUAGGGAACUCUGUGGCACGAAAGUCGAGGUUCGCCUUCUGGUUAAGGACACUAGAAAGAUCAAGAUCCCUGAAGUGGCUCCUUGUCAACUCAUUUCCAGAAGAACGUGAUGGAUACAGAGAACAGUUACAGCCAACCCACAACAAUGGUCAAAGUAUUUUCCCAGUUGGAGCUCUGAUCAAGCAUACAGAAAGCAAACACCCUAGCUUCUGGGAAGAGGAUAUGAGCUGCUUGGAUUGGCUAGGCAAGCAGAAACCAGGGUCUGUGAUCUAUGUGUCAUUUGGAAGUUGGGUUGCCCCCAUUGGGGAUGAAAAAAUUCAAGAGUUGGCCUUGGGCCUUGAGGCCACCAAGAGGCCAUUCAUUCUGGUUCUGGCACCUAUGUGGCGAAAAGGUUUACCAGUUGGGUUCCUGGAGAGGGUGGGUGAGCAAGGCAAGGUGGUCUCAUGGGCUCCUCAGAAAGAGUUGCUUCAACGUGAAGAGAUUGGAUGCUAUCUCACACACUGUGGAUGGAAUUCCACAAUGGAAGCCAUACAAGGUGGGAAGCUCCUGCUCUGCUAUCCUGUUUCAGGGGAUCAGUUUGUGAACUGCACUUACAUUGUGGAUGUGUGGGGGGUAGGGGAGAAGCUCAACAGGAUUGGCCGCAGAGAUGUGGAGGAGGGUGUGAGGAGCAUAAUGGAGGAGGGAGGAGAAAUGCAGCAGAGGAUGAUCAAAUUGAAGACAAGAGCUGUGGGGAAAGAAGGGAAUUUGAGGGCUUUGGCCAGUUUAAAAGCCUUCACUAAUGAUCUUGAUAAAUGAUUUGUAACACACCAUCUCAUUAAAUCUUGUAUCAUGAUGUUGUAUAUUGUUUUCUUUCCUGUCAAGGAGUUGUUGAUCUUGAUGUCA